AUGUUGGUCGUCCCAAAUCAUCCACAACCACUAUUCCACGACGACAGCCAGCAGCAUCUGCAACGAUCACUCGAGUCCUACUACUAUCCCUACCACCACCCGUCCAGCAUCACCAGCAUCGCCACUGCCGAAAGCACCGCGCCGCUUCCUUUCGACGACGACAGCAACAGCAGCCACCUGAUCAACCACCAGCAAGCCAGUCUGCCCUCGUCGCCUCUGUCGACGCAAAGCCUGCUCUCCCAGUGCGUAUCCGGCGCCGCUGCCGUUCCACGCAGGCUGGAACCGCAAGAGAGCGCUCUCUACCACAGAGUGCCGGUCUCUGGCCAGCAGCAGUUCGCACUCCACAACCGCCCCAUGCUGAACACAGUCGAUCUCAUGCCGUCGGGCGACUCCUGGCUCCCCGCCGGGCAGCAGUUUGCACAAAAGGCCGUCGCCAGCAACCGCAUCUCGCACCAGCGCGAGUCGUCGCUGUCGUCGCUCGGGUCUGCAGGCCCGGCCUCGCCCUACUCUCACAACACGUCGAAUCCGCACAUCGCCGUCACCGAUUCGGCUACAGACGGCUUCCAGCACGGCAUGCAGCCUUCAUCGCACGAUGACACCUUCUACCAGAACUUCUCCAAGUCGCUCAACCCGAAUGGCCACGACAGCUUCUACGCCAACUACGCCGCCUACAACCCCGAGGCCCUCUCCACUGCCGCCUACCCGGGCUUGGUUGGCUCGCACAGCAGCAAGCAGAGGACCGCGGCCAGCCGGUCCCGUCCGGUCUCGGUGGCGAGUUCGAUUGCGAGUGACUCACCUGCCACCCCAACGCUGCACGAGACUGCCGAGGACGAGAGGAGGCGAAAACAUGGUGAGGCUUCCGCGCUACUUGACUACUACCUGUCCGCUUACUCACCUCCUCCCUUUGAUGACGACGCAGGCAUCCAUACCGUCCCCAAGCUGGACCGCACCAUGACCGACAUCUACAGCGACGAACUCUACAACCCCAACUUCACCCUGACGUCUGCUUCCCCGUCGCAGGCCCAGAUCCCCCUCUCGCCAAACAACGACAUGUUUGCCCAACGCCUCCACGCCAUCAACAGCCAGCACCUCAGCGCGGCGCACUCGCCGGCCUCGUCUGGCUCGAGGGACAAGUCGCCCUUCCGCCACGGAUCUCCCUUGGCGCCGGCCCCGGGCCACGAUUUCGGGUCAGGGCUGCCCCCUCAGGUCCGCUUUGGCUCUGCGCAGCAGCUGCGGGAACAGAGAAAGGCCGAGCAGGACGCCCAGGCCCUACGGCAGCAGAUGUCGCGCAACUCGGACACGUCGACGCCCCAGACCAUCUCGCCCAAGGACGCUCUGCUCGAGUUCCACGACGGCGACGGCGAAGGAGCCAACUAUUCGCUAUUCCCCGACCACAAUACGGCGACCUUUGGCCAAGAGCAAGCGAGCAAGGCCAUGGCCAACGCUGCUGCCGCUCACCAGUUCGACGCCGGCGAUCUGAAUGGCGCAUCGGCCCACUUUGACUACCUCCCACAGCUCUCGUCCGGCAUCCCCAUCACGCAGCAGUACCCCUUUGUGGCAAACUCGCGCCAGCAGAAUGGUGCGAGCCUUCCCAUGCGGCAGGCUCCCACCAGUUCGAUUCCGCCCAGGGUCAGUUCCACCGAGUCGUCAGGCUCGUCGGCCGGUUCGCCCGGCCUGGGGCAGCCGCUCCAGCGACCUUCUGGAACGCAAGCCGACGGCGGGACGUAUACCUGCACGUACCACGGCUGCACCCUGCGCUUCGAGACGCCAGCCCUCCUACAGAAGCACAAGAGGGAAGGCCACCGACAGGCUCACAGCCUGGGAGCCACCCGCCGUGUUGAGCCGUCAGCCGUGUCGCCGACGACGGGGGGCAUGACGUCCGGCCUCCUCAACAGCCAGGCUGGUCCUCACCGCUGCGACCGCAUCAACCCGAGCACGGGCAAGCCUUGCAACACGGUAUUUUCGCGCCCAUACGACCUGACCAGGCACGAGGAUACUAUUCACAACGCGCGCAAGAAGAAGGUGCGGUGCGACCUGUGCACCGAGGAGAAGACCUUCAGCCGCGCGGAUGCGUUGACGCGACACUACCGUGUUUGCCACCCCGAAGUCGACCUCCCUGGCAAGCACCGACGGCGCACUGGGAGCAGUGGCUGA